GUGUUUCAAUAGGAUGUUAAUGAUUGGUGCACAUCAAGACGUUACCAUGCCAAACAGCAAGAAGUCGCCUUCACGAGUUGCUGUUGUAACUCUCAGAAGACGCUAUUGUACUCCUCUCUAGUGCACGUGGCCAAUGAGGCAUCUAGCAGCUGAUUGGUCGUCAAGAAGAAUGUCCCCUCAUCCACAGGGUGGGAGUUCCACUUUGGAGCAGGUGGACAGACAACCUAUUAAAGAAGAAGAGCAGGAGCCACACACCCCUCUAAUUAAAGAUGAAGAAUUGGAGCCACAGACCCCCUAUGUGAAAGAGGAAGAGGAGGAGCCACAGGCCCCCUACAUUAAAGAGGAAGAAGAGGAGCCACAGCCCCCCUGUGUUAAAGAGGAAGAGGAAGAAGUCUGGAUCACCCAGGAAGGAGAGCAUCUUCUAGGGCCAGAGGAGGCUGAUCUCACCAGGUUGCCACUGACUGGUGUCUCUGUGAAGACAGACGACCAUGAAGACAAACCACCUGAGUCCUCACAGCUUCAUCAUAGUCCAAGUGAGGAGAUGAGAGAGGCGGAGCCUUCAUGCAGCAGCUCACUGCAACACAUGACAACAGAAGCUGAUGGAGACCACUGUGGAGGAUCACAAGCAGACAACCUCUUAGCUCCACUGUCAGAUAGUGACGACACGACGUCACACUCUCCUGAAGAUGAAGACAGCGACUACAACCAAGAAUCUCUGAGCAGCGAUACAGACUGGGAAGGUGAUAUGACGACUCACACUGGCAACAAACACUCUGAAAGCUCGAAAAAGAAGACAGAUAAACCUUUUAACUGCUCCGUUUGUCACAAAACAUUUUCUCGUUGUAGUGAUUUGGAUCGACACAUGAGAACACAUACAGGAGAAAAACCUUUUAGCUGCUCAGUCUGUGGUAAAUGCUUCGCUCAAAAGGCAACCAUGCAAUCACAUAUGAGAAUACACACAGGAGAAAAACCUUUCUCUUGCUCAGACUGUGGUAAAUGCUUCGCUCAAAAGACAACCAUGCAAUCACACAUGAGAAUGCACACAAGAGAAAAACCUUUUAGUUGCUCGGACUGCGGUAAACGCUUCACUCGCAUGACAACCAUGCAUUCACACUUGAGAACACACACCGACAAAAAAGCGUUUACUUGCUCAAAUUGUGGUAAGACAUUUUCUUGGAAGUGCGCUUUGAGAAGACAUAUGCAGAGGCACUGAUGGUCGACUGCAGUGGUCGGCAACUUGCGGCUCUGCAACCGCAUCUGAGUGUAACUUAAUUGGAUUUAAUAAGCAUUGCUUCUCCCUGCUCCUUUUCAGACAUGUGUAGCAAUGAAGUGUAUAUUGUAUAUGUGUAUGUGUGAUCCAAUCCAAUCCAAUCCACUUUAUUUAUAUAGCACAUUUUAUAAACAGAGUUUCCAAAGUGCUGCACAGACGAGUAAAAAUAAAAAGUAAUAAUCCAAAACUAAAAGAGCAUUUAAGAAAUAAAAUAAUAAAAUAGAUAUUAAAAUAUUAAAAACAAGAAACAAAGCAAUAAAAGUAUAAAAAAUAGAACCAAUUACAAUAAAAACAAAGAACUAAAAGACACAGGACCAUACGACUCACUCUGAGUUAAAAGCCAGAGAAUAAAAGUGGGUUUUAAGACGAGACUUAAAGCUUUCGAUAUUGGGGGCCUUUUUUACUUAGGAGGGCAGAGAGUUCCAUAGUUUGGGGCCGACCACAGAAAAGGCUCGGUCCCCCCUGGUCUUAAGUCUCAUCUUGGGCACCACAAGUUGGAGCUGGCCCUCGGACCUCAGUGACCGAGCUGGAGAGUAAACUUGGAUGAGGUCCGAGAUGUAUUUGGGGGCCAGCCCAUUCAACGCCUUAAAAACAAACAAUAAAAUCUUAAAAUCAAUCCUAAAACGAACAGGCAACCAAUGAAGGGAGGCCAGAAUUGGGGUGAUGUGCUCCCUCUUUUUGGUUCCUGUUAAAAGCCGUGCCGCAGAGUUCUGGACUAACUGUAAGCGGGAGAGAGACUUUUGGCUAAUUCCAGAGUAAAGUGCAUUACAGUAGUCCAGACGUGAUGAAAUAAAAGCGUGCAUGACUUGCUCAAAGUGUUGCAAAGAUAAAAAAGAUUUAAUUUUAGAUAAAAGCCGAAGAUGAUAAAAACAGGAUUUUAUAACUGCAUUAACUUGUUUGUUGAGUUUAAAAUCACUGUCUAUUAUGACGCCAAGGCUGGUGGCUGAGGGACGAAUGUUGUUUUGGAGGGGACCGAAGUCUAUAGGGGGGCCUUUAUAGUUGAGGAGGAUAGCUUCGGUCUUCUCCUCGUUAAGCAUUAAAAAGUUGUGAGCCAACCAGGCCUUGACAUCCCUUAAGCACUCAAGAAGGGGUGUCAGGGGGGCAUGAUUAUUUUUUGCGAGUGGCAAGUACAGCUGGCAGUCGUCCGCAUACAAGUGAUAGGAGAUGCCAUGCUUUUUAAGUACUGCGCCAAGUGGGACCAGGUAGAGGGCAAAUAAAAUGGGCCCAAGAAUUGAUCCUUGCGGAACUCCACAGUCAAGUGGAGCAGUGGAGGAGUAAGAUCCCCCAAGUCCCACGGCAAGGCAUCUCCCUGACAGGUACGACCUAAACCACUCAAGAGCAGACCCCCUGACACCCACACAGUUCUCCAGGCGAGAUAAAAGAAUGGUAUGGUCCACUGUGUCAAAAGCAGCAGUCAGGUCUAAAAGCACUAAAAUGGCUGAACCACCAGAGUCAGUUAUUAAAAAUAGGUCGUUAAAAACCUUUAAAAGUGCAGACUCAGUGCUAUGAAAAGCCCUGUAACCUGACUGAAAAGUGUCUAAAAUCCCAUUCUCAUCUAAAAAAGGUUGCAUCUGUGCAAGAACACUUCUUUCUAAAAUCUUUGAGAUAAAAGGCAGUUUAGAGAUUGGCCGAUAAUUUGAUAAAAUUAAAGGAUCCAGACUAGUUUUUUUCAACAAAGGUUCAACAGUAGCCUUUUUACAGAAAGAUGGCACGGUACCAGAGGCCAGGCUACUGUUGAUGAUGGCACACACAGAAGGACCCACGGUUGGCCACACCUCCCUAAAAAAGCGAGGUGGGACUGGGUCGAUGGGGGAAGAAGAAGGCUUAAGACCCUUUACCAUCUCCGUGAUAAAAGCCAGUGACACCGGUUCAAACUGAUAAAAACCUUUAGAGCACUGUGUCAAUGUGGGCAUAUUAAAAGAGGGGGGUGAUAUAUUACUUCGUACAGAUGCAACCUUGUCCUUAAAAAACUGCAUAAAGUUUUCACACGUUUCAUAUGAUUGUUCAAGUAUAGUGGAUGGACUGGGAUUUAAAACAGAGUCAAUAGUUUUAAAAAGAACACGUGGGUUGUUAAUAUUGUCUGAUAUCAAGUCUGAGAGGUAUUUUGUUUUCUCAGUCUUCACCACAUUCUGAUAAUGUCUCCAACUGUCCUUGAGAAUUUGAUAGGAGACCUGUAGACCGUCUUUCUUCCACCUGCGCUCUGCUUUUCGGCAUUCACGCCGGGCUGCUCGAGUGACAUCGUUGAGCCACUCUUCUUGUUUAGUUUUGGGGCGCAUGACUUUCAGAGGGGCUAAACUGUCCAAGACAGUCGCACAGGUAGAAGUAAAGCAGUUCAUCAGCUGCUCGGUGUCCAGUGCAGCGUCGGAGGUCAUAAAAGCCUCAGACGCAGUGGAGAACAGAGUGGCAAAGGCCGAGGCCGCGUCAGGCUUGAUAAAGCGACCAAAGCGAACAGGAGCAGGCAGGCUGGUGUUACAGUGUGCAUCUAAGUCAAACCUAACCGGACUGUGGUCCGAGAAGACCGCAUCACCUACAGAGACGUUAUGAACAGUAAGACCAUAAGACAAAACGAGGUCUAAAGUGUGUCCAUGUAUCUGUGUAGCUCCUGCUACACUUUGUGUCAAAUUAAAAGCUUCCAUCAAUUCUAAAAAGUCUUUUGCCAUAAGCGUAGAAGGGCAGCAGACAUGAAUAUUAAAAUCACCCACAAUUAAAAUUCUGUCAUACUUUAUCAGCAUUGCAGCGACAAAGUCAGAAAAGUCCUGAAUAAAAUCCUUGUUGUGCUUGGGUGGUCUAUAAAUGACAGCGCAAAGCACCCGCUCAUGUUGGUGCAGUUCGAAGCAGCUCACCUCAAAUGAGCCGAAAGACGCCACUGACAGUGGCUUAUGGCGCAAAGACGCUUUUAAAAUAAUAGCAAUACCUCCUCCACGGCCAGUGGUUCUUGGCGUGUUGAUGAAGGUACAAUCAGGAGGCACCAGCUCAGAGAAGGCAGCGGACUCACCGGCAUUAAUCCAGGUCUCCGUGAUGAAUAAUAAAUCCAAACCGUACGAUUUGAAGAGGUCCUGGAGGAUAAACGUCUUGCUUGACACUGACCGCGCAUUCACCAGUGCACAUUUCGUUGGGCACCUAAGUGCCGCUGAAACUGCACGGUUUAGCGGCCGAAGGUUGCCGGGGCUGACGCCGGCAGCGGCCCAAUGAGGGCGGCGAGUACGCAGUACAGGGCAUUCGUCGUGUUGCCCAACGAUCGGUGUGAUGUACAUUAAUGUAACAUAGUAUUCAUGUCUGCAAUAAAUGAAGAAAUUAAGUUCCAUAUCAUGUAUUGUGUUCAUCACACUAAACCAGUCUUGGAUUAAGCCACUUCUUAGUAAUGGCUUUUUUCCAUGCCUCCAACAUGAUUUACUUAAACUGGACUUCCCACUUUUCUGACCUCUAAAUGUGGUUUGAUUGUUGUGUUGGUGUUAAACCAAGCCAAAGUUUCAGAUCAUGAUGUUUGAGCAUUUGGAAGUGAGCCCUGAAAGACGUUUGGAAUGGCUCGGAACGCUCGGUUUCAGAGAGUUUCUUCUAAAAAUUUCAACGAAGGUUUGAACUUUUUGAGUGUUUAAACAAGACAGAAAUGUGAGAAAAUGUU